AUGACGACUCUGGGAGAGGACCUGCUAAAGACCGUUAACAAGCUCCAGGACCUUGUCUUCAACACUAUCGGCAAUGACUCCCUCGACCUUCCUCAGAUAGUCGUCGUUGGAUCGCAGUCCUCCGGUAAAUCCUCUGUGCUCGAAAAUAUCGUUGGGAGAGACUUUCUCCCUCGAGGAAGCGGCAUUGUUACACGUCGACCUUUAAUAUUACAACUUAUCAAUAUCCCGCCCGAAGAUGAGGACGAGUACAUGAACGGCGAGGCCGCCAUUCCACACACAGCCGCUAGUGUUGCGGAGCAUGCAGAAUGGGCAGAAUUCCAUCACAUCCCAGGUCGAAAAUUCCGAGACUUCAACCAAGUCCGGGCAGAAAUCGAGAACGAGACGGCAAGAAUCGCUGGCAACAACAAGGGAAUCAACAGACAGCCCAUCAACUUGAAGAUCUACUCUCCUCACGUGCUCAAUCUGACCUUGGUAGAUCUGCCAGGCUUGACAAAAGUGCCUAUCGGCGACCAGCCUGUCGACAUUGAAAAACAAACGCGCACUUUGAUCAGCGAGUACAUUGCGAAACCGAACAGUAUCAUCCUAGCCGUAUCUCCUGCCAAUGUCGACCUCGUCAACUCGGAAGCUCUGAAACUGGCUCGAUAUGUUGAUCCACAAGGAAGAAGGACCAUUGGUGUCCUAACAAAGCUCGAUUUGAUGGACCAUGGCACAAAUGCGCUCGACAUUCUGUCGGGUCGGGUCUAUCCUCUGAGGUUGGGCUUCAUAGGUGUGGUCAAUCGAUCACAGCAAGAUAUUCAGACGCACAAGCCCAUGUCCGAGUCCCUGAAGGCUGAAGCCGACUUCUUCAGGCACCAUCCGGCUUAUAGAAAUAUCGCGACUCGUUGCGGAACACCAUAUCUGGCUAAGACGUUGAACACUACACUCAUGGCACAUAUUCGAGACCGCCUGCCCGACAUUAAGGCCCGACUUAAUACAUUGAUGGGUCAAACACAGCAAGAGCUUGCGAGCUAUGGGAGCAAACAGUUCAGCGGAAAGGAGCAUCGAGGUUCGCUAAUAUUACAGCUUAUGACCAGAUUCGCAACCUCCUUCAUAUCCUCAAUCGACGGAACCUCGUCCGAAAUCUCGACUAAAGAACUAUGCGGAGGAGCAAGAAUAUACUAUAUUUUCAACUCCGUGUUUGGAAACUCGUUGGAGACCAUUGAUCCUACACACAAUCUUUCUGUACAGGACAUCCGCACUGCGAUACGAAACUCGACAGGUCCGCGCCCGAGUCUGUUCGUUCCGGAACUCGCAUUUGACCUGUUAGUGAAGCCACAAAUCAAAUUGCUGGAGAUUCCUGGUCAGAGAUGUGUGGAGUUGGUUUAUGAAGAGCUGAUCAAAAUCUGCCACACCUGCGGCUCGCAAGAGUUGUCUCGCUUUCCACGACUACAAGGAAAACUGAUUGAAGUGGUGUCGGAUUUGCUACGAGAACGCUUGGGCCCUGCCUCGUCAUAUGUCGAGUCCCUUAUCGCCAUCCAGAGAGCGUAUAUCAACACAAAUCAUCCUAACUUCCUUGGCGCUGCCGCCGCCAUGUCCUCAGUCAUACAGAGCAAGAACGAGAAGGAGAAACAAUUAGCACUUGCCGAGGAACGAAGAAGAAAGGAUACACAAAGAAGGAAGCAGCUAGGUGUCAACGGUACAGCAACACCAGAUGACGACGAUCCGCCUGAGGAAGAGAGGCCACAGACGGUUCCGAUCCGCAGCUCUGCCGCCAAACCAACCAGAAGCAUGUCGCCGGCUGUUGGUCGUAUCAGGGAGAACGGUCAAUCUUUCAGCCAAUCAGGGUCAGCCCGAGACUCGUUCUUGAAUUAUUUCUUCGGUAAAGAUGGUGUAGGCCCAAGCCAGGGGCCUCUUCCACAAGCAACAAACAUGGCUCCUCGUCAUGUUAGCCAUCACAUCGAGCCGAGCAUAUCUCAAAGCAUACGUCGACCUGACACGAGCAGCAUGCUUGGAUCUCCACGAUCAGCAGUCGCACCAUUGCCUACGUUUGGCGGUGAUGACCAAUAUCCGCUCUCAGACUAUGGCGGCGACCUAAAUCCAUUUCCCGACCACCCUGCAGAACCUGCUUUGACAGAGCGCGAAGCGCUAGAGACAGAGCUGAUCAGACGACUUAUCAGUUCUUACUUCAAUAUCGUGCGCGAAACAAUCGCAGAUCAAGUACCAAAAGCUAUCAUGCAUCUCCUCGUCAACCAUUCCAGAGACGAGGUCCAGAAUCGACUGGUCAGUGAGCUAUACAAAGAAGAUCUUUUCGGAGAACUACUCUAUGAAGAUGACGGUAUCAAGAAAGAAAGGGAGAAAUGUGAGAAGCUCCUCGCAACUUACAAGGAAGCCGCGAAGAUUGUCGGGGAAGUGCUAUAA